AUGUAUCAGGAAAACAUUUUACCUAAAGCCUGGCCAGAUAUAUUAAAACAGUCCUUGUUAAAUAAUUUCACAUUAAAAAUUGAAGGAGAUGGCAAGAAAAGGGCUUCCAGGUGUAUGUCAGUACGAAUGAAAGACAAAAUUAUUCUCCAUAUUCUGGUCUUAUGUCUUAUAGUUGAUAAUUUUACUUUGGAAUAUUCUGAUAUUCUGAAAGAUUUAAAAAUUGGUGAAAAAAGGAUGCCUUUAUUACUAAGAAGUGUUGGUUGUCAGAUCAAGUCUAGAGUUGUCAAUAAAGUCAAUGUUAGAACAGCACAUCUUACAGCUCCCUUACUGUUACCAUCACAAAAUUUAUUGUCUUCAAAACGCAAAUAA